UCAUAGGGAAAUGGUGGUAAAUUCGAUACUUCGCCUCUCGCACUUGUUCUCCCUUUGGGACUACCUUCCUAGGAACCAGAAACCCUAGGCAUGGCAAAGGCCAGUAGAUCAGGAUCUUCUUUGCUCUUCCUCAUCGCUGCGAUCCUCUUCUCCGCCUUUUCAGCAUCUCUAGCUGACACUGAUACCCCCUUCGUGGUCGCUCACAAGAAGGUGAGCCUCGCGCGGCUCAAAUCUGGCAUCGAACGUGUCUCCGUCUCGAUAGACCUUUACAACGAAGGAUCCUCAACUGCUUAUGAUGUGAGCCUGAGCGAUGAUAGUUGGUCCCAAGAUAAAUUUGAUCUCAUCUCCGGCAGCCCAUCAAAUACGUGGGAGACAAUUGAUGCUGGCACCUCUGCUUCUCACUCUUUUGUUCUGGAGUCCAAAUCAAAGGGCAUAUUCUAUGGUUCUCCUGCUGUUAUCAAAUUCCGGGUUCCUACAAAGGCUGCCCUACAGGAAGCGUAUUCUACCCCAAUUCUGCCUAUAGCUGUUCUCGCUGACAAGCCUCCUGAAAAGAAAUUUGAAUGGGCGAAGAGGCUAGUAGCUAAAUGCGGAUCUUUGGUGUCUGUUCUAUCGCUUGUUGGAGUGUUCAUCUAUCUAGUCGCCACUCCAUCAAGGGCUGCAAAGGCAAGUAAGAAGAAGCGUUGAUAACUAAUCUCCUGUGGAGAUUUCACUUGCUGAGUUUUUAGGGUUUUUUUUUAUUACUUUUAUUCAAUGUACCAUCACCUAGAGAACUACUCUAUUUCAAAGCAGCAAACUUUUUAAGAAGUGUUUAAUUCUGGAUGAAACAAUUUUGUUUUUCUCUUA